AGUAGACUGCGCCUCCCUCGUAAACCUGCUAGAAGACUGCUGAGCUAAAUGGUCAGGCUGCUUGCAGAUAUGAACUUCACCACGUACAGCCCUCGGAGUCGAUACGUGGAUAACUCGGCGGACGCGCUCUACGGUGAAAACGGGACCAUCAACGUCUCCUACAGCAACAUGUCCAUGACGGGAUGCAACAGAAUCAUGAUCCCCAACGAGCUAUUUCUGAGCCUUGGGCUGGUGAGCCUUAUGGAAAAUAUUUUGGUGAUUCUGGCCAUCAUAAAAAACCGAAACCUGCACUCCCCGAUGUACUACUUCAUUUGCUGUCUCGCAGUCUCAGACAUGCUAGUCAGCGUCAGCAACGUGGUGGAGACCCUGUUCAUGCUUCUGAUUGAUCAGGGGGUGCUGGUGGUCACCUACGAUAUCCUACGUCUCAUGGACAAUGUGCUCGACAUGAUGAUUUGCAGCUCUGUGGUGUCCUCCCUUUCCUUUCUGGUCGCGAUCGCUGCAGACCGCUAUGUCACUAUCUUUUACGCCUUGAGGUACCAUAACAUUAUGACCACACAGCGAGCAGUCGUCAUCAUUACUGCAAUCUGGGCUGCGAGCACCAUCUCCAGCACUCUGUUCAUAGUAUAUUAUAUGAACAUCGCCGUCAUCAUCUGCCUCAUUGCUUUCUUCUUCGCCAUGCUCAUCUUCAUGGCUGGGCUCUACCUACAAAUGUUCACCCUGGCUCACAUCCAUUCCAAGCGAAUCAACGCCUUCCAGAAGCUCCGGCACCAACAGCAGGCCACGAACAUGAAAGGUGCCGUCACCCUCACCAUCCUGCUCGGGGUUUUCUUGGUCUGCUGGGGGCCCUUCUUCCUGCACUUGACACUCAUCAUCACUUGCCCCAGCAACCCGCUCUGCGUGUGCUACUUCAGUCAUUUUAACCUGUUUCUCAUUCUCAUCAUCUGCAACUCCCUCAUAGAUCCUGUCAUCUACGCCUUCAGGAGUCAAGAACUGCGGAAGACACUGAAGGAGCUGCUAUUCUGUUCCUGGCAACUGCACUGCUUUGAAUGUUUAAGUUGUUCAAAGUUCUGAAAUUGAUUUUAAAAUGUAACGUAAGACAGCUUAAGCGAUGUUUGUAAAGUGAACUUUGCAUAAUGCCUGCCUGUGUACAGCAAAGAACGCAACGCCGUGUUGUAAACUGCUUUUAAGAUGUGAAAAAGUUCCGUGUUCUGUACAUAGCAUCGGGGUUGAAACAACUCUAACUUCAGUGUGAAAUCCACGUCAGAAGCGCGAACAUUCAAACGCAACAAUGUGAAACAAUACAGAAUGGAUUCACACUGAGUUUCCGUGCUCAAAACUAAAAGUAAGCUCGAGCCACUUCAGAACCAAACGCAGUUAAAGGCUGAUGUUAUUUGCUGUCCCCGAUCUCUUAUAAUAAUUUUAAUGUUUUACAUCAUAACACAGUUAUCUGUUUACUUCUGUCAAAAUGAAGCACAUGUCAUUUCCACCACAAAGACCCUUCUACUAACUUGAUCAUUAUAAAUUAAAAAAAGCACGCUCUCUUGCACAUCUGUAUUACAGUAACACCCGUAAAAAGGAAAACGUUUAAGUAAUAUAAUUUACAAAUUACAAAAUAUUAUUUUUAACAGUCAUUGUAUUUAUAUACCGCUUUAUACUUUGUAGGUACGGACUUUCCACGUACACGUAUGUUUUAUAUUUACAGAUACUCGAUACGUUAUAGUGUCCCGACAGGGAAGCAAGGUCAGACAGAAUGACAAGCAGGCACGCACCAAAGACCUCAGUUUCGUCUUGACAGGACUGCUUAUUGAACAGAACGCUCCUGAUCAACUCCCUCGGUCAACAAACCGCACGAUACCUUUCGUUAAUGACUCGUGCCAAUCAAAUACUUAAACCUUCCCAGCCGGCAUG